GCAAUGAUAUAGGCAUUUGCCAUUAAUGUCUUAAGUCUCCACUUCCGUUCCGUUCUUUUUGGUGUAGAAUAAAAAUCUGUAAAGAUGGGUCGUAUGCACGCUCCUGGCAAGGGUAUUUCCCAAUCAGCGCUCCCGUACAGGCGCACUGUGCCUUCAUGGCUGAAAUUGAAUGCCGAAGAUGUAAAAGAACACAUAAAGAAAUUGGGCAAAAAGGGCAUGACCCCUUCCAAGAUUGGUAUCAUUCUCCGUGAUUCCCAUGGUGUUGCUCAGGUACGCUUUGUUAAUGGUAACAAAAUUCUGCGCAUCAUGAAAUCAGUUGGUUUGAAACCUGACAUCCCCGAAGAUUUAUACCACAUGAUUAAGAAAGCCGUUGCUAUCCGCAAGCAUUUGGAGCGUAAUCGCAAGGAUAAGGAUGGCAAAUUCCGAUUGAUUCUUGUUGAGUCUAGAAUCCAUCGUUUGGCCCGCUACUACAAAACCAAGAGUGUUCUGCCACCUAACUGGAAAUACGAAUCCAGCACUGCAUCUGCUUUGGUUGCUUAGAAACAUACUGGGGUGUUAUUAUGCUUAGGGAUGUCACACAUUUUUUAUUCAAAAGUGAAAUAAAACAUGUAAAAUACUAGACUUUAAA